UUGGCAUUUUUCCCCGAAGAGACAUUAUCAAAUCAGGAGGGAUAAGCCCUAUCCAAAACGGACGAGUGUUUUAGGUAGUCACCCGUUUGGCGCACUUUUUAGCUCAAAGUUUUUCACAAGGCUUUAACUUUUAUUAAUAUGGGAUUUCGUGUGCUGCAUUUGGUGAGGCCUUUCCUUCCCAUAUUGCCAGAAAUAGAACAGCCCGCAAAAAGGGUUCCCUUCCGUGAAAGACUGCUAUGGACUUGCUUUACUUUGCUCGUUUACUUGGUUUGUAGUCAAAUUCCUGUCUAUGGCUUUAAGAAUUCGAAAUCUUCAGACCCCUUUUAUUGGAUGAGAGUGGUACUUGCCGCUUCUAAUAGAGGGACGCUAAUGGAGUUGGGUACUGGCCCCAUCGUCACUUCAAGCAUGAUUAUGCAGUUACUUGCGGGUGCAAAGCUGAUUCAAGUAGACCAGGGCGUGAAGGAAGAUAGAAUACUCUUUUCAGCUGCCCAAAAAUUGGUUGCUAUCCUGAUCGGUUUGUUAGAAGCAGUUGCGUAUGUAGCGUCUGGAAUGUAUGGCGAUUUGAGAACAUUGGGCUUUUUGAAUGGAUUCCUUAUCGUUUUUCAGCUGUUCACGGCUGGUGUUAUCGUUAUGCUUCUCGAUGAACUCUUGCAAAAAGGUUAUGGCCUUGGAAGUGGCAUAUCUUUGUUUAUUGCUACGAAUAUAUGCGAGUCUAUAGUGUGGGCAGCAUUUUCACCCGCAACCGUUAAUCUCGGAAAGGGUAUGGAGUUUGAAGGAGCUAUUAUCGCACUAUUUCAUUUGUUGGUUUCCAGAGAAGAUAAAUUCAAGGCAUUAAAAGAAGCCUUUACACGCCCCGAGCUUCCUAACUUGACCAAUUUACUUUCUACUUUUAUCGUGUUUACAGUGGUUAUUUAUCUGCAAGGAUUUAGAAUCGAUCUUCCAGUCAAAAGCAGCCGUGUUCGAGGCCAACAAGGAACAUACCCGAUUAAGUUGUUUUAUACUUCUAACACACCGAUAAUUCUGCAGACGGCAUUGGUUUCCAACAUCUAUUUUAUCAGUCAGCUACUUUAUCGCAACUAUCCUGGGAACCUUUUUGUUCGUAUAUUUGGAAAAUGGGCUUCAGUAGGAGGUUCCCAGCUAUUUCCCAUCGGUGGUAUUGUGUACUACAUUUCUAGACCUCCUUCUCUUGCAGCAGCUUUAUAUGAUCCCUUGAGAACCAUUACCUAUCUUGCCUUUAUUCUUUCAGCAUGUGCAUUAUUUUCAAAAAUCUGGAUUGAAGUAUCAGGAUCAUCAGCCAAAGAUGUCGCGCGUCAGUUGAAAGAUCAGCAGAUGACUUUAAAGGGUCAUCGUGAAACAUCUUUGGUAAAGGAACUUAAUCGUUAUAUUCCUACUGCAGCAGCAUUUGGUGGUUUUUGUAUCGGACUGUUAACAAUAAUGGCAGACUUUUUAGGAGCUAUUGGUUCAGGCACUGGUAUUUUGCUUGCUGUUACUAUUAUAUAUCAAUACUUUGAAAUCUUUGCCAAGGAGGGGGUAAAUGAAUCUAGUUUAAUGUUCUUUUCAUAAACACAAGCAUUGUUUCUGCGUUUCUAUAAUUUUGUGUUGAAAUUCAUUUUUAUCCAUGGUAGACGACAUUUCACGUUAUAGG